CUCGCACAACAUCACCCUUCUUAUAAGGGUGCCUCGCGAAUCCGAACUUCUGUCUUUUGACCAUUAUCUAAGAUUCUAUUUCCGCUAGCUGUUUAUCUACCCUUUUUUUCUUUAUUUUCUGCGAAUAUUGUUGAAAUAUCUCUGGAGUUAAGAUGUUAGAAGCCCCAUGGCCACGACGCCUCAUCGUCUGUUGCGACGGAACAUGGCAAUCCAGCGUAUCAGGCAGCGACAAUGUCCCUUCUAAUGUAACCAAGCUCUGCCGGCUCAUAAACCGGAUCGGCGACGACCAGAAGAAAGAUUCGAGUAAGAAGUGGCACCAACUUGUGUAUUACGAUGGCGGUAUUGGCACAGGAGCCCUAUCGAAUUGGGAAAAGACUCGACAAGGAGGGACGGGUCUCGGUCUAGCCGAAAACGUCAUCGAAGCUUACAACUUCAUCGUCCUCAACUACCAGCCCGGCGAUGAGAUAUUCUGCUUUGGUUUCUCCAGGGGCGCGUAUACCGCAAGAGCGGUGGCUGGGCUGGUAACCGAUAUUGGCGUCUUCGAACCAAGACACAUGCAAAUCUUCCCCGAGGUGUAUCGACUGUACAAGAGCAACAAGACUGGGAUAGCUUUCCGGGAAACCGAUGCAUGGAAGAAUAUUGUUAAUGGAAAGAAAUGGGAUAAGUCUCCAAGUCCCUCAAAUGAACCAAACAAAUCAAGGGCACAGCUGGACGCCGAAAAAUGGGAAAUUCCCCCUCGUGGUGAACUUGCCAUCGACGGAAGUAACAAAGUCAAGGUGGUCGGUGUCUGGGACACAGUUGGCAGCUUAGGGAUCCCAGAUAUCGCAUGGAUUGACAACACGUCGCUCAGGUCCAAGUACGCAUUUCACAACGUUUCGCUGAACGAAAAUAUCGAGCACGCAUUCCAUGCCCUGGCCCUGGACGAACACCGCAAAGCAUUUCGGCCUACACUUUGGUACAUCUCCAAUAAACUCAAAGCCAGGCUUCCCGCAGACAAACUUCCCGAGUUGAAGCAAGUCUGGUUUCCUGGCGUCCAUAUCAACAGCGGUGGCGGGUCGGACGACAGUAUCGGGGACAUGAAAGGAGACAAAGAGCAAUUAGCUAAUGUGACAUUCUCCUGGAUGCUCCAGUGCAUCGCACCAUACCUCACCAUCGAUGACGCCGAAUUCAAGAAAACCAUCACCCAGUACCAACAAUGGCUGGACAAGGUCCGUUGGACUUGCACAUACUAUCACGAGGGAUGGUUUGGCAAAGCCGUGUCUAUUCUCCCCAACGUUCCCUUUGUCAACCCUGCCCCAGAUGAACUUACCGCACCAAGGCGCGACAAGCCUCACCAACACCCAGAUCUAGACCGCCGAUGGGGCACCGGCCCAAUUGAUGAUAGUUACACGUUCAAGUACAAGCUCAAUGGAAGCGAGCCGCGCGUCCCAGGACACUGCAGAACGGAAUUCUGGUACGCCGACCCCAACAACAAGGACGGCGGACAAUGGAAACUCGAAUACAUCAAAGAGCACGGCGAUACAAACGAGUAUAUCCAUCCUGUCUGCGCAUACCGCCAGAUGAUCCGCGGACCGAAAGAAAAAUCCGCUCUAGGCGACUUCAAUCGCACCUUGGUCAAGAAUGGGGGUGAUAAGGGCAGGCAUUGGUGGUUUCACAAUGAUGGUGAUCCGAUACCUGAGUGGGUUAUCCUUGAGCAGGAUAAUCCUGGAUUCAAUUUUGAGAGGUCAUGGUAUGAGGAGUGUGUUAAAGAGAAUAGGGAGGAGGGAGAUUGGUUGCUAUCGCUAGAUAAGAAGAAUAACUUUGAUAUUAAGGAGAAGGCGCAGCCGUGGUUCUAUCCCGCUCCGCCGAAACAGUGACGCGAGGGAAAGAGAGGGAAGCACGUCGAAUAGGAGGGCAGAUACUAAUUGCAAAGAAAGAAUGAUCGAGAGAGCUUGGCUAGAUUGUUCGAGAGGAGGAACUCUUCAGAUGACAUAAGUUUGGAAAUUUUCGGUUCGGCUUUAUUGUAUGUUUACGGCCUUAGGAUAAUUAC